CGAGGCCCUCUCCGGCGCCUCCUUCCCGCGGAGCCGCGGGCGGGCGGCGCAGGCCCUGGGGGAGAGCGCGCCGCGGCCGGCUGCAGCCCCCCCCGCGCCGCCGCGCUCGGCGCCCGGCCCGGCCAAUCUGCUCCUGCCCCGCCGCCGCGCCGGAGCCCGGGCGCUCGAAGCUGGGGGCGCGGCCGUGCUCGCCUCGCCGGGCCGUUCGCGGGCAGGCCCUGCCCUGAAGGGACGAAUCGGCUGGGAGCGCGGGAGGUGGAGUCGGCCCCGGCGGCGGCUCCCUGGACCCAGCCCGAGGCUGACCCAGGCCCCUGCCCAUGCGGGGCGUCCCUGGCUCGGAAGAGUCCCCCGGGCCGGGAGCAGCUCCAGGCAGCGGCCCCGGAGGAAGAGGAAGAAGGGACAGUGCUCAGCUUGGGCGACCCAGACCCGAGCCGGGGGCAGUCCCGAACUCUGUGCUUGGCACCGCCGCUCCGAGUAGGGCAGCGCCUGCCCGGACCCUGACCCGGACCCCCUGCGCCUCGUAGGCGGCGGCGCCGCCGCGCCACCCCGUUCUUCCGCGUCUCCCUCUGCCUGGCGGCAGUCAGGGCUAAGAGAGUAUUAUGAGGGAGGCCCAGGACUUCAUGCUCCGGACAGAGAAACGGCGCUGGGAUUAGGGAUUGCCACUUCCGAGAGGAUGCUGGGAAUCUGCAGGGGGAGACGGAAAUUCUUGGCUGCCUCGUUGAGUCUUCUCUGCAUCCCAGCCAUCACCUGGAUUUACCUGUUUUCUGGGAGCUUCGAAGAUGGAAAGCCCGUGUCUUUGUCUCCGCUGGAGUCCCAGGCACACAGCCCCAGGUACACGGCCUCCAGCCAGCGGGAGCGUGAGAGCCUGGAGGUGCGCAUGCGCGAGGUGGAGGAGGAGAACCGCGCCCUCCGCAGGCAACUCAGCCUGGCCCAGGGCCGAGCCCCAGCCCAUCGCCGAGGCAACCACUCCAAGACCUACUCCAUGGAGGAGGGCACUGGAGACAGCGAGAACCUUCGGGCUGGCAUCGUGGCAGGCAACAGCUCCGAGUGUGGGCAGCAGCCGGUCGUGGAGAAAUGCGAGACAAUCCACGUUGCUAUUGUCUGCGCCGGAUACAAUGCCAGCCGGGAUGUCGUCACCCUGGUCAAAUCUGUCCUGUUCCAUAGACGGAACCCUCUGCACUUCCACCUUAUUGCUGACUCCAUUGCGGAGCAGAUCCUGGCCACGCUCUUCCAGACCUGGAUGGUGCCCGCUGUGCGUGUGGACUUCUACAAUGCAGACGAGCUCAAGUCUGAAGUUUCCUGGAUCCCCAAUAAACAUUACUCUGGGAUUUAUGGUCUGAUGAAGCUUGUCCUGACGAAGACCCUUCCUGCCAACCUGGAGAGAGUCAUCGUCCUUGACACGGAUAUCACCUUUGCCACUGACAUUGCAGAGCUGUGGGCUGUGUUCCACAAGUUCAAAGGUCAGCAAGUCCUGGGCUUGGUGGAGAACCAGAGUGACUGGUACCUUGGAAACCUGUGGAAAAAUCACCGCCCAUGGCCAGCCCUUGGAAGGGGCUACAACACAGGGGUGAUCCUGUUACUUCUGGAUAAGCUGCGGAAGAUGAAGUGGGAGCAGAUGUGGAGGCUGACCGCAGAGAGGGAGCUCAUGGGCAUGCUCUCUACAUCCUUAGCUGACCAGGAUAUUUUCAAUGCCGUCAUCAAACAAAACCCCUUCCUUGUGUACCAGCUCCCCUGCUUCUGGAAUGUGCAGCUGUCGGACCACACCCGCUCCGAGCAGUGCUACAGAGACGUGUCUGAUCUAAAGGUCAUUCACUGGAACUCCCCCAAGAAGCUCCGGGUGAAGAACAAGCAUGUGGAGUUUUUUCGCAACCUCUACCUGACCUUCCUGGAGUAUGACGGCAAUCUUCUGAGGCGGGAACUGUUUGGCUGCCCCAGUGAGGCUGAUGUCAACAGUGAAAACCUCCAGAAGCAGCUGUCUGAGCUGGACGAGGACGACCUGUGUUAUGAGUUCCGGCGAGAGCGCUUCACUGUCCACCGCACCCACCUGUACUUCCUGCACUACGAGUAUGAGCCUGCGGCAGACAGCACGGAUGUCACCCUGGUUGCUCAGCUGUCCAUGGACAGGCUCCAGAUGCUGGAGGCCAUCUGCAAGCACUGGGAGGGGCCCAUCAGCCUGGCCCUCUACCUGUCAGACGCCGAGGCCCAGCAGUUCCUCCGCUACGCACAGGGCUCCGAGGUGCUUAUGAGCCGCCACAACGUGGGUUACCACAUCGUGUACAAGGAGGGCCAGUUCUACCCUGUGAACCUGCUGCGCAACGUGGCCAUGAAGCACAUCAGCACUCCCUACAUGUUCCUGUCUGACAUUGACUUCCUGCCCAUGUAUGGGCUCUAUGAGUACCUCAGGAAGUCUGUCAUCCAGCUCGACCUUGCCAACACCAAGAAAGCAAUGAUUGUCCCCGCGUUCGAGACACUGCGCUACCGGCUGUCCUUCCCCAAGUCGAAAGCGGAGUUGCUGUCAAUGCUGGACAUGGGGACCCUCUUCACAUUCAGGUACCAUGUCUGGACGAAAGGCCACGCACCCACAAACUUCGCCAAGUGGCGGACCGCCACCACGCCUUACCGGGUCGAGUGGGAGGCCGAUUUUGAGCCGUAUGUUGUCGUGAGACGUGACUGCCCAGAGUAUGACCGGAGGUUUGUAGGCUUUGGCUGGAACAAAGUGGCUCAUAUCAUGGAGCUGGAUGUGCAGGAGUAUGAGUUCAUUGUGCUGCCCAACGCCUACAUGAUCCACAUGCCUCAUGCCCCCAGCUUCGACAUUACCAAGUUCCGUUCCAACAAGCAAUACCGCAUCUGUCUCAAAACCCUCAAGGAAGAGUUUCAGCAGGACAUGUCCCGCCGCUACGGCUUUGCUGCCCUGAAGUAUCUCACAGCUGAGAACAACAGCUAGCACCAAGAAGCCCACCACUAGGGGGAGACAUGCUGUAGGGGAAGUGCCACUCGCUGUUUGGAGCCCAGCCUUCAAAUUCAAAAUUGAGCCGUGCUUUUUUGGUUUGUUUUUAUUUAUCUCUUUGGCCCAGCCAAGCUGCCCUCACUACAGAGACCUUGGACAAGGAUCCAGCCAGUCCCUCUCUGCCCCACAACCCUGCAUUCCCAGAGGUUAGAUAUGCGGCCCACCUAGAUGAGUCUCUUCAAGAAUGAGAAAUCAAGGGGUGACAGGAAGUAAAAGGGUUAUCAUCUUACAGCAAAGCCACAAGAUCAAGGCAGGGCUUUAGGAGGUUCUGGUUGCUUUUUAAUAAUUAUGCUUCCCAUCAUAACUGGGCAGAAAGGGAAGUCAGGGUGCUAGGGGUUAUUCAUCCCAGGAAAUAGAAGUGAAAUUGUCUUUAUUAAGUGGAAACUGUCCCCUUUGCCCUGCAAUGUAGCUGGGCAUUCAAACGGAGGGCAAACCGAUGAUCUGAACCAACCACUUGGAAAAAUCUGAUGGGGAUAUUGUAGCCAGAGGGUCCUGGAGGUGGGGUUGAUGGGUUUCCUUAUCCCCAAAGUCACUCCUGUUUUGUUUUUAUUUGUUUUUCUUUGGGGGUUUUGUUUAUUUUGGGGACUGGCAAUCCAGAAUAGAAAAUCUGAUCCUUUGAGGCUCUAAAGGAAGAUCAGCUGCCUCUACCAACCACCCUCUAUCAGCAGUGGCCCAGGAAGGAGGUCAAGCAUCUUUGGCCAAUAUUUAAACAUGGGCAGCUUCCUUCAGGAUGAUCACCGAGGCUCCCGUGACUUUGAACUCCCUACUCUCCAGAAUCCAGGGGCUACGAUGGGGACUGCGGAAUUACGAGGGCUGACUGUUUUACACCGGUCACAUUUUCUAUUGGCAGUGACUGAUUCAUGGGAAAAGGCUUUGAAGGAACUAUUUCAGUGCACAUGCAAGGUACGAACCUCUCAGGCCUUUAGAAGAACUUUAAUAAUUCAUGCAAGCCCAGUUCUGGAGAUUCACCUAUCCAUCUGGAGACCUACAGGAAGAACGUGAUUGGGUUCCUCUGGUUCUUGCCUGCUUCACUGUGGAUGGGAAGAGGUGACAACCUCAGUCUCCCUUUGGGACCUGUCCAAGGGUAGGCAACCACCUUCACCUUCACACAGAUUGAGGAGACACUGGACUUUUUACCCAUUUUCUUUAAUCUUCAAUAUUAAUGUUGUGUUUACAUUGAUGAGAACAAGAGUUAAUGCCCUACCCUCUGCUGGGCUGUUUGUAUUGAGUUGCAAUGUGACCAGCGAAAGCUGCAUUUAAUAAAUGAAAGUACAGACUGUU